AGUUGCUGCAUUCUUGCAUUUCAUGUCAUCAACAGAACAGAGUUUGAAAAUGGUCACAGCACCGACUAUCACCGACGUCCAGGUGGAAUUCCUCCAUUUUCCUGCGGUGAUCACUUCAUCAGUCACCGGAAAAACCUAUUUCCUCGGCGGUGCAGGGGAGAGAGGAUUGACGAUUGAGGGGAAAUUCAUAAAGUUCACGGCCAUCGGAGUAUACUUGGAGGAUAAAGCGGUGGCAUCACUCGCCGCUAAGUGGAAGGGUAAGUCUUCGGAAGAGUUGAUCCAGAUUCUUGACUUCUACAGAGAUAUCAUUUCAGGACCAUUUGAAAAGCUAAUAAGAGGGUCGAAGAUUCUGCAAUUGAGUGGGACAGAAUACUCAAGGAAGGUGAUGGAAAACUGCGUUGCACACUUGAAGUCUGUUGGAACAUAUGGUGAUGCUGAAGCUGCAGCCAUUGAACAGUUUGCAGAAGCUUUCAAGAAGGUCAAUUUUCCACCUGGUGCCUCUGUUUUCUAUAGGCAAUCACCUGAUGGAAUCUUGGGGCUUAGUUUCUCUGAAGAUGCAUCGAUACCAAGAGAAGAGGCUGCAGUUAUAGAGAACAAAGCUGUAUCGGCGGCAGUAUUGGAGACUAUGAUCGGAGAACACGCUGUCUCCCCUGACUUGAAACACAGUUUGGCUUCACGAUUGCCUGCGCUAUUGAAAGCACCGAAUAUCACCGACGUCCAGGUGGAAUUCGCCAACUUUCCUGCGGUGGUCACUUCAUCAGCCACCGGAAAAACCUAUUUCCUCGGCGGCGCAGGGGUAAGAGGGUUGAAUAUUGAAGGAGAGUUUGUGAAAUUCACGGCGAUUGGAGUUUAUUUGGAAGAGAAAGCUCUUGCAUGGCUGGGUUCUAAAUGGAAGGGCAAAAGUGCAGCUGAAUUUGAGUCCCUUGAGUUCUAUAGAGAUAUCAUCAAAGGUCCCUUUGAAAAAUUCAUUCGAUCGACAAAGGUAAGAACAUUGGAUGGACCUGAAUAUGUUAGGAAAGUAUCUGAGAACUCUGUGAACUUUAUGAAAUCCAAUGGAAGUUACGGUGAAGCAGAAGAAAAAGCUAUAGAGGAAUUCAGAUAUGCAUUCAAGGAUCAAAAUUUCCCACCAGGUGCAACUGCUUUCUACAGGCAAUCACCCACUGGAACAUUGGGGCUUAGUUUCUCAAAAGAUGAGACGAUUCCAGAAAAUGAGUAUGCAGUGAUAGAGAACAAGGCACUUUCAGAGGCAGUGCUGGAGACUAUGAUUGGAGAGAUUCCUGUUUCUCCUGCUUUGAAACAGAGUUUGGCUACAAGAUUUUAUGAGUUUCUGAAAGAGGACAAUUCCAAGACUGAGUGAAAACUGAGAAAUGCAUGAAAUAUACAAUGUUGUCUCCUCAGCCAUUGGUGGUGCACUUUCUCUGUUACUCUUAAUCUAAAUAAAUGCAUUCAUAAUCUGAAUAAUGUAAACCAGACAUUCCUAAUCCCUUUUUUUUUAGUUAUUUAUUAGAGCAAAAGGGGUUUGAAUGCAAGAAAAACAAAAUUGAGAAAGUAAGAUGUUUUUAUUAUGCGGGUUGGCUUGAUCAAACUACUCUUUUUAGCACUGC